UGUCAUCACAUGAGAAGUAAAAAAUUGUGGAAAUAUAUGAGUUUUUACCAAUUUAUUAUUUGAUUAAACUUAUAAUACAGUAAGUAAAGUAAAUUCAUAUUUUUGUGAAAACCUUUUUAUAAACUUUUAUCGAACUCUAAAGAAUUUACCUGUGUGAUUUUUUCUCGAAAAGCUGUAUGAACUUAUCCAAUAAUGCCAAGACUAGUCAAUAUGCAAUAUUUGUUUAGUUUAACUACGUUGUUAAUAUUUUCUUCAAUAAUUUCUACUCAAAGUGCAGCUGAAGAUGUACCUUUAUCGAAACUUAGUCAGCAUAUUGGGACUCCUACUUUAAGAUUUCUAUAUUGUUACUCAUGUGGAUACAAAAAUAUGUUUGAUCAGUAUUCCACCAUAAUAAACCAAAAAUAUCCAGAGAUUCUUGUAGAUGGUGCAAAUUAUGAUCCACCUGGAAUGAACAUGUUAAUGGCAAAGAUGAUAGGAUGGAUAAAAAUGGCGAUAAUUCUGUGUAUAUUGGCCAACAUCAACAUAUUUGAGUAUUUCAAUCAACCUAGACCAGGAUGGUGGAUUUGGUGCGUGGAUAACAAAUUGUAUGCAUGCAUGAUGUUGUUCUUCUUAUGCAAUAUUCUCGAAGGGCAGCUCAUCCAAUCUGGAGCCUUUGAGAUCUCAUUGAAUGAUGUCCCAGUAUGGUCAAAGUUGGAAACGGGACGUAUUCCACAACCAGCAGAGCUGUUCCAGAUCAUCGAUAGUCACAUGCAGUUCGAUACAAAAAUAGAAUACAACAAUUUUGCUAAAUAAUAUUUUGUAACACAUAGGAAACUAGUGGAGAUGUAAGAACUGGAUAUUACGAGUAUCAAAACAGUACAAAGAAUGUUGUAAAUCGUCGAAAAAAAGUUUAUUAGAGUUCCUGUUCAUUUAUAUUGUUAUUUUUUUUAGUAUUUCACAUAUUUCUUUGUACUGUGGAAGCGAGGAUUGAUGCAAAAUGAAUUUAUCAAAAUAUAAAGUUGUGGUGUCCAAUAUUGUAUGAUUGUUAUUUAAUGU